GCAACUCCCAACGCUUUGGGCGGUUAUUCCCAGAGUGUUUCUUCGUUUUCUCCGCUUCCUCUCCUAACUCUUCCCUUUUUCCGCUCCUUUAUAUUCUUCCAUUUCCACUUUUCUCUCUUCAAUCUGUUUCACUCUCUUUCUCUGUCUUCUACAGCUUCGGCUGCUGUACUGUGCUGUUGUAUUCUAUUGCCCUUGAAGACGAAGACGAAGACGAAGACGAAGACGAAGAUCAAGUGCAAUGGCUUCGUCUUUCUCUUUGGCCAAAUUGGUGCACACUCCUUCUUCUAUGCCCCUCCACUCCACCAGAUCUGCUGAAAAACCCCUCUUCUCCGCCUCCUCCUUUCUCGGAGGCUCAUCUUCCCACAAGCUUCCCCUCAUCAACAACUUCUCUGCAUCUCCUCACUCUCACCGCAGAUCCACCCGUAUCCUCGCCGUCUCCGAUGUUGUCAAGGAAAACAAGCUCAAAUCUGCCUCCUCUGCCUCCAAUCUGCUAAUUACCAAGCAGGAAGGUUUGGUGUUGUACGAAGAUAUGAUUCUGGGGAGGGCAUUUGAGGAUAUGUGUGCCCAGAUGUACUACAGAGGCAAAAUGUUUGGUUUUGUGCACUUGUACAAUGGCCAGGAAGCAGUUUCUACUGGCUUCAUCAAACUCCUGAAGAAGGAAGACACUGUGGUUAGCACUUACCGUGAUCAUGUCCAUGCAUUGAGCAAGGGUGUGUCAGCUCGUGAAGUGAUGAGUGAACUCUUUGGUAAGACCACGGGUUGUUGCAGAGGUCAGGGUGGCUCUAUGCACAUGUUUUCUAAAGAGCACAAUGUGCUUGGUGGUUUUGCUUUCAUUGGGGAGGGCAUUCCAGUGGCUACUGGUGCUGCUUUCUCUUCUAAGUAUAGGAGGGAGGUUUACAAGGAAGAUUGUGAUCACGUCACACUUGCUUUUUUCGGGGAUGGGACUUGCAAUAAUGGUCAAUUCUAUGAGUGCUUGAACAUGGCUGCAUUGUGGAAAUUGCCUAUUGUGUUUGUUGUUGAGAACAAUCUUUGGGCCAUUGGUAUGUCCCACUUGAGGGCUACUUCUGACCCUGAAAUUUGGAAAAAGGGUCCUGCUUUUGGUAUGCCUGGUGUACAUGUUGAUGGAAUGGAUGUCUUGAAGGUUCGGGAAGUAGCUCAGGAGGCUAUUGGCAGAGCUAGGAGAGGGGAAGGCCCGACUUUGGUUGAAUGCGAGACUUACAGGUUCAGAGGACACUCUUUGGCCGAUCCAGAUGAGCUUCGUGACCCUUCUGAGAAGAGUCACUAUGCAGCUCGUGAUCCCAUCGCUGCAUUGAAAAAGUACUUAUUUGAUAACAAGCUUGCAACUGAAGAGGAAUUGAAGGCUAUUGAGAAAAAAAUUGACGAGAUAGUUGAAGAGUCUGUUGAGUUUGCUGAUGAAAGCCCUGUUCCUGCUCGAACUCAGCUUCUAGAAAACGUAUUUGCUGAUCCAAGGGGCUUUGGAAUUGGACCUGAUGGGAGGUACCGAUGUGAGGAUCCUAAGUUCACCGAGGGCACUGCACAAGUUUAACUCUCGCUGCUUGCUGCUUCUCUCUUAAUCUAGAUAACAUUGCCUUGGGUAUUUAUAUCUAGUUGCUGAUAAUAGAGAGCUUCAUAUGCAUUAUUCAGUUUAUAUCAGAAGAAUUUAUUAUCUUAUGUAUUGUGAGUUAUUAUUAUUAUUAUUUUUGCUUGUGCACAUUUUGUUUACAGAUUUUGUUGUUCUUUCCUCCUGCUGUUGCUGCUGCUGCAUUAUUUGGAUGAAUGGGUAAUCCUGAAGGGGUUUGCUUUUCCUGUAUUUGUUAGUUGAGGCAAUAUUAAAAGAUUGUUGAAGGUUAAA